ACCAGCAUAGGACAGGCUUGUGUCCCUUAUCUGGGGAGUCUGCACGUGCUGGAGAGACUUUUGUUGUGAUAGUUGGAGGAAUAAAGUCCAAUGGGAACGGAAGAGCAUUUCCCUGGUGGGAAGGAGUCAAAACUCAGAGCUGUCCCGCAGCAGAGCUGCACAGCCGAUGUGAGGACACCACUUCAGCCACUGCUUUGCUUCAUGCUUGUCACUCUCCCUCUCUUGCAGCUGCUUAAAUGAGUAUGGAAGAUUAUGAUUUCCUCUUCAAAAUUGUUUUAAUUGGCAACGCCGGUGUGGGGAAGACCUGCUUGGUGCGACGCUUCACCCAGGGGCUUUUCCCACCAGGCCAAGGAGCCACGAUUGGGGUUGACUUUAUGAUUAAAACAGUGGAGAUAAAUGGUGAAAAAGUAAAGCUGCAGAUCUGGGACACGGCAGGACAAGAGCGAUUCCGUUCCAUAACACAGAGCUACUACCGCAGCGCCAACGCCUUGAUACUGACCUACGACAUCACCUGCGAGGAGUCCUUCCGCUGCCUGCCUGAGUGGCUGCGGGAAAUCGAGCAGUACGCCAGCAACAAGGUCAUCACUGUGCUAGUGGGUAAUAAGAUUGAUUUAGCUGAUAAGAGGGAAGUCUCCCAGCAGAGAGCAGCGGAAUUCUCCGAGGCACAGGACAUGUACUAUCUGGAAACCUCAGCAAAAGAAUCGGAUAAUGUGGAAAAACUAUUCCUGGACUUAGCCUGCCGGCUGAUUAGAGAGGCACGGCAGAACACCUUGGUGAACAAUGUCUCAUCCCCCUUACCAGGAGAGGGGAAAAGUAUCAGCUAUUUGACUUGCUGUAAUUUUAAUUAAAGAGCUGGCAUGUGAUUCCCCCAUCCGCCAUGGGCCCUGAAGAUUUUUCACUGGGAUUUGUCUCCUCAGAGGGAAUUCCGCCUUGACCCAUCUGACUUCCUCGCAGUCGGGUCGCAGACCUAGAAGCAUGGCAGGCUGACAGCUCCAGCUGCAUGGCAACGUAGCAGAAUAUAACGUGGUUCACAUUUAAUUUUUCUUGCAGUCUGUGGAGUGGGUUAGGAGAAAGGAGAGUUGCACAAGAGCUUCAUGUGAUGCAGAAAAUGAGCUAUCGCGUUUCCUUCUGGGGGGAGAUUAGAGCAACCUCUCCUGAGGAAGAUUUGGAAGAGGUCAAAAUCUCUCUUACAGAACAAUGUGUUUGUUCCUUUUUAAAAGAAGAAAAAAAAACAACUGACCCAGGACUACGCUGGCAAUCAUCUGGGCUGCCAGCUGAGUGAAUUCUUGGGACGUGUAUAUAGCGUCUUUGUGGAGGAAGGUGUUCGAAAUAGUGUUAUGUCUCUCAUCUACAGGCACUUUCAUGAACAUGGAAUAAUUAAAAAAAAAAAAAAUGUUAUAUAUCUCAACAUUUCCAAACAACAGUUUGAGAAGGCAUGGAUACAGCUCAGUUGCUCCCUUUGGUGCUAGCAGUUCAGCAAAUAUUCCAUAGACCAAAUGUAGUUUUACUACAUUGCUGUCCUCUGAAUGUGUAACCUAGACUGAUUAAGAAAAGAACACUAAUAAGCACUGUUCAUUAAAAUCUCAUUACCUCUUUUUCUAGGCCUGAACAUAGCGAGAAACGACUGUGCUUCUUUGAUACCCACUGCAGGAUGAAAAGACUUCCUGGAAAUAUAAUAAACACAUAACUAAGAAAAUGUCCCUCCUCUAAUUAGUAGUGUCCAAAAGUGAAAAAUGCCUUGGGAGAUAUUACUGGUGGAACAGAAGAAGUGCACCAUACAUGACCAAAAUGUUUUGCGUGUGCUAAUUGUGCAGAAGGGUUCAAAGAGAGCACAGUUCAAGUGGCAGCCUGCAAUAUGUCUGGGUUAAAAAUAAAGCUUGUAGAUAAAGCUCCUGCUGGAAAGGCAGGCGUACGAUUUUUGUAGAGAUUUUCUUUUUUUUUUUAAUGCUGAAUGGAAUAGCAGCAGGUUACAAGUGGCAUCGUUCUGUGUCUGACCCAUCUGGCGAUCACCUUAUGGAACUGUUCUUUGAGAAGCUCUGGAAGGUAUCGUCUUGACCUCUCCUCUCUCCUAGAGUAGCUUUCACAUUCAGGGCUGUAGAGCCGUUUAAUUUACUUGAUGUUUAGUGCUCUUAAUCUCAGACUCCAGCGUAUGUGUAACUAUUUAGGCAGUUUCUAUCUGCAGAGCCCCUGAAGUGGAAGCGUUACGGAAUCUGUGUUACACCUCGAGUGCCAUAUGCGAAUGCUGCAAAUUUACACACUGACUUUAAAGCAAAAUCGGAAUAUAAUGAAUGUGCACAUGGAAGAUGAUUUUUAGAAGUUUGAGUUCAGUUUAGCUGAUCCAGGUAUAUCUCUCCGGACAAUUACAUGGCUGUGAUAUGCUGUAAUUUAAAGUUAAUCACCUUAAUAUCAUUUGGCAUUUACUGAAGACUAUAACAGAGCUUUUGUAUUGACGUAAAAGCUGCCAGUAAGUUUCUCUUGAAAAUAAUAAUAAUAAAAAAAAGAGAAGUAGCAUUUUAAAAUGCUUUUUCACAUUUUCCUGAAAAGAUUUCUUUGGGUUGUAUCAUGGUGUGCCUUUGAUCAGUAAUGGUGAUAUAUGUAUUUGAAAGAGAGGGGAUAGUUGUAUCAUAUGGCCAUUUAAAAUAUUUUCUUGCUAAUUUUACGUCACUUUCUUCUUUUGUGAUUAGUGCUAAAAAUGAAGAAGUAGAAAUUGUGGUACAAAUCUUGCUUAUUAUUGAGGUAAGAAUUUGCAAAGUGCUGCUGCAGUCAUUAGAUGUUGGGGAAAUAUGACUGAUACGCUGGCCUGCACCGGUCCUUUGUGGUCUCUGCUCAUGAUGUAAUCCAGAGGAUUUAGAAAGUUGUUGGACUUCAUGGCUGCUGCUCUUCUGAGUUGUGUGGUACAGCUUACAAGAGCAUUGUCUUUCUUGAGCAUUCCCCAGAUUGCCAAAUAUAGCCUGAUUUGAGCUUGUUCAGACCACCCAACAUCCAACAGCUGCUUCUGUUUAUAGCAAGACUCAGGGUGUUACAGGUAAGGUAACACUCGAGUUAAAAUUCAAUAUUACAUUUAAUUUCUAAAAGCUUUUACUCUCCAGAUGUUGGGCUUAAUAGCAUAUAAUUGAGAAGGGCAAGGCUCUUUGGUCAAGUGAAUUGAGGAGGAAGGAGUCUACCCACUGAAACACUGGUGGGUUCCUCAGCCUGGCUCCCAAAACCAUCAAAGCUGGGCAGGUAAAUCUUGUUGAAUAUCAGUAUCAGUGCAUUUUCAAAUGCUCCUUGCAUCAUUUCUGGAAGUUGUACUCUAACACAUCAUCAUGACUGAAUGAAUCAAAUAGCAGAAGCUGCUAACGUUAUUUUCUUGAGAAUUCUCUUGGAAGUUUCCAGAAAGCAAAGUCUCUUUUCCAGUCCUUUCCUAACUUGUAGGUGGCUAUUUUGGAGGCUAGCUACCUACCUCCAAGCAUUGGUUCUUACUGCUAGCAAAUCUUUGUGCAAGACCUCCAGCUCCAGACAGCAAUGUGCUCUUCCAGAGAUGUGUAGUGCUGGGGGUAGGACCAGUGUUGCGUCUGACUUCUCCAGGGACAAAUCUGAAGUGAUUCCUUUCAAAGUUAAUUCUAUAUAGACUGUUAAGAAAUUGAAUGGAAGCAAGGGUGGUAUGUUUGAUUUUACAAGGUAAUAAGCCAAAGCUGUAGCUUGAAACAUGUUUUUUUUUUUUCUGCAGUUAACAAACACAGUACCGGUUCAAGAGGUGAUGUUUUAUUGCAGCAGCUCCUCUGCAGGAGUAAUUUUUCUCUACCUUCUAAUAUCCCUCUGGGACAUAAAACCCAUCUUUCCACCUAGCACUGAGGACUUAUCUUCAAAUCUGGUCCUCCACUGAAGGCUCUGCAAUCAGAAGAGGAGCUUUUUCAACUGCUAAUGACAACAUAUGUUGUAGCAGAUUGAUUAGAGAGCUGAAAAAUUAAAGGAAAUCUAAGAAUACAAAUCCCAGUUAUCUGACAAUCAUCUCUCCAACUCUGACCAGCACCUAGCUGGAUGACUGGGUUUUUGAGAGAGCUGACAGCGAAAGCUUUGUGAUGCUUCCUGGGUUGAGUGUCCAAAACCCAUACAGAAUCGAUGUGAUGGGCCAAAUUUGACUGGAAAUGUUUUCCACUAUCAAGAGAGCAUGGCAUUGCUUUUGGCAUAGCUGCUAGGUUUUGAUGCUUUUUCAAGGUGAUACUCUCACACUCAUGGUGUAAUCUUCUUAGUUCUGGGUGAAAAAUGGGUAUUUAUAGUAGUCCCCUAAUUAAACCUUUUCUUUAAAUGUUUUAGCACAUUGAAUAGCUCCAAUCAGAAGCCAGUGUUGAGUGGCCAAUAGGUUUUUUUUUGCUCUUUAGCAAACCUGUUUGGAGAGAUUUCUAAAAGCAUCUCCUGAAAACUAGAUGGUCUAAGCUCUGUUAUCACAUUCAGCAGUUGAUUCCAUCAGGAUGAUGUUGGAUAAACCACUGAGUGUUCUGUGCUUCUGCUCACUCUUUGUGAGGUACUUCCACCAGUAUUUUCCUUUAGGCAUUUACUGUAAUGUGCUGGGAGAAGCCAUGAUUCUCCUCUGUUCUUCUUCAAGUUCCCCACGAGAGAGCGAGUGCUGGGAAAAAGCAACCAAUGUCCUAGCUGCCCUUCUGGAAAAAGUGUUUUGGUGGACAAAAUGAAAUUAUUGGGUGCCUCUUCCUACCUCACAUCUCACUUUGAUGCACAGGUAAGUCGCUUGAGCUGCAGUGGGAUAUGUGUUUGUGCUGAAUGCUAAAUGGCUUUGUGAUCAUUACUUAGUGAAAACCACAUGUAACGAGUUGUCAGACAAGAUGCUUUGUUCUUUGCUGUAGAAUGUGUGAAACAACCUUUACAAUCUGCAAGCCUGCUGGAGCUGUUUGUCUUUUUGGAAAUAGCUGUAUCAGUAACAGUGGGCUCCUGCUAGUCUACAUUUAGUGGCUAAUGGCUAUUGAAUUCCUUCAGCAUCGAUAAUAAUAGCCGCAGGCAGAGGUUGACACAGCAGACAGUGAUUUGAAAAGAGGGAAAGUCGAAAUUAGUGAUGCAGAAGCAUUGUGGGUGUACACAAGUGGGACGACAUGCUUUCCCCAGCUUUUGCUGGCAAGGGCUGCAAUUAGUUAUAGUCAAACCCACUGGGUUUUGCAUUGUUCCUUAUCCCAAAGGACUGCUGUUUGUUCAGCUGCUUUUCCACUUGUCCUGUCUUUCCAGCAUGAAGAACUGUCUAUAAGUCAUGCUGAGACGUUGAGCUGAUGUAAUUUCUGUAGUUGGAGACUGAAUUCACUUGGGAAACAGGUGAAAUUCUCUAGCUAUUAAAAUAGGCUGAGCAAACAUAUGGAAUGCACAGUCUUUUGGGGGUGCCAUCGUGGCCUGACAGGACAGGAGAUGCUGACAUAGAGAAAACCUCUCCUGGAUGUGGGGCAUGCUGGGAAAGAGCUGUGUAGAGCUCAAAACGUGAGGUGAAGAGAUGGUCCUCCUCUUGGGAUUUCCUCAGUUCAGUCCUCUUCAAAAAUGCAGUUGUGACUUAGAUUUUGAUUGCUCUGGAUUUUAAUAAGGGAUGCUUUGAAUUUGACUCUUACCUGAGAUUCUUCUGCCUUAUUGCUUUCAGUAUCCAAGAACCCAAUACCUUUGUACCCAGUGCUCCCUCAGUGUCUAUCAACUGGAAGACCUUUUUGAGUGUAAAAGUGUUUGCAUUGCUGGUGAGCACACAUGGAAACUCAUUGGUAUUGGUAAGGGCUUGCCAGAAAACACAUUGGAGCCAAAGAAAACACUCACUUCUAGUAUCAUAGAAUGGCUUAGUUUGGAAGGGACCCAUCCAGUUCCAACUCUGGGCUGUGGGCACAUUGCCACCCACCCUCCAAACUGUUCUUGGGCACCUCCAGGGAUGAGGCACCCACAGCUUCUCUGGGCAGCCUGUGCCAGGGCCUCACUGCCCUGUGAGUAAAGAAUUUCUCCCUGACAUCUAAUCUAAAUGUUCCUUUUUGGUUUAAUGCCAUUCCCCCUUCUUCUAACACUAUCAAAGUGAAAAGCCAGUGAAAAAUGUAAUGUCAGAAAUUGGCUCUGAAGCCAUCCUCUCUUUCCUUGUACCAAAUAUGUCCUCUUGUUGAUGUGAGUAGUAAUUGUUCUAGUUGCUGUUCACAAAGAAAAGAUUGACAUUUUGAAGGACAGAGCUGUUUUCUGAUAGCAGUGAGCAGUGGGGAGCCACUCGCUUGGCUUCCCACAAGUGACCAGAGCAUCCUAAGGAAAGCAGCCCAAAGGGAACCAGUCUUUGAAAUACAAUCACCCACUUGAAUAGUAGCUAAAUGUCCCAUAAAGGUUACAGAUCUCCCAUCUGCCUCCUUUUAGGAUUUAUCUUGGCUGAGAAAACAGACAGCAGGGCCUGCUGCUUUGCUCUGACUUACCUCGCGCACAAGCUGAAAGGACCCAAAGCCUCCUGCUGCCAGGCAUGCUAUAUCUAGCUGAGAUGGACGGCCGGCUGUCAUCACCCAGGGAUGCGAUCACACCCUUUCCCCUCUUGUGAAUGAGCUGUAACUUAAACCAGGAGUAAAAAGUAUGCAGAGUUAAAGGUGCUGAGUUUUUUACUCCAAAUUGGGAGUCAUGGAUCCAGAUCUUAUCAUGCCCUUCCAAGUAUGGAGGAGGUAACUGGGGAAGUAUAACACAGAUAUAGCUGAAAAUGAGAUGACAAUGACUAAAUUGUGCUGGAAAUUUAGCUGGAAAUAAGCACCCAGAACAAGCUGUGGGUGUCCAUGUUUGUUGCAGGGGAGUUGGACUAGAUGGCUUUUAAGGGUCUUUUCCAACUCAAACUAUUCUGUGAUUCAAUGAAAUGUCAGUAAUGGAUUAUUCUGGGUUUAGGAGUAUAGCAAGGGUUAAAAGCUCAGCUCUCCUGGCUAUGGAUAAACAAAAGCUGGCUGUGCUGUACUCGGGUUGUUUUCACAUUAAUAUCAAGCUAUUAGCACUUCCUGGAUGUGAUCGUGUCCUUUGAAGCCAUUCUCCUUUCCCAGCAAGUUCAGAAGAUAAUUUUAGCUCUGAUUAGUGCUAUAAUUAAAUAACUGAGUCCCAGGCAGAGGCAGCAGGUGCCGCCCAUGCCACUGCUUUUUCCACCACUCAUCUUGGGGGAACGUUCCCGAGGAUGUGUGUGUUUGUGAGCACACCGCAGUGUUGUUCUGCAGAGCAUCUCCUGGAGCCUGGCCUGCUUCACUUCUGCUUGCUUGCUUUCUUGGCUGUUCCCUAGUGUUUGUGACUGUCCCCUCUGUGCUGUGUGGCCUCACCAGCACUGCAUCACAACAUAAGGACAUUAAACAUCCACAAAGUGCUACGGUCUGAGGGCAUAGUGUGUGAGGAGCAGCUGAGGUCCGUGGUGUGCUCAGCCCAGAGCAGAGCAGGCUGAGGGGAGGCCUGAUGGCGGCUGCAGCUCCUCACAGGGAGCGGGGGGCAGCGCUGAGUUCUGCUCUGUGUGACAGCGACAGGGCCGAGGGAACGGCACGGAGCUGUGACAGGGGCAGCUGGGGGUGAGGGAAAGGGUCUGCACCAGAGGGUGGUGGGCAUGGAACAGCCUGCCCAGGGCAGUGGGCACAGCCCUGAGCUGCCGGAGCUCAGGGAACAUUGAACAGUGCUCUCAGACAUUGGGUUUGGAUAUUGGGUGGUCCUGCACGGAGCCAGCAGUUGGGCUUCAUGAUCCAUGUGGGGCCCUCUCAUCUCAAGAUGUUCCAUUUCUCUAUAAGUACUCUUUCAGAGGAUGUGAUCAAGGUCUCUGGUGUCACAUGAAUGUAAACGUAGCGCUGGAGGGAAAAACAGCUCCUUAAGCCAACGUUCUGGGGGAGAAAAGGCCACCUAAUGAAAGCAGGGAGGAGAUCUGGUGCUUGUUGCUGUGCUGGCUUUGAGUCUAUGGAUUCUAGAGAAAUAGUUUGAAAUGUGCAGUUUUCAGCAUAAUGAGAUGCGCCACAGCUAUGUCACAUCCCUUUCAUUCCCCACAGCUGUUUACAAAAGAAAAACAAAUAACUCAGCCUGCUGGGAUGGGAGCAGCUGCAGUCACUCAGCUGUCAGUGCAGGACGGGCCUCUUUCUGCUCCGCUUUUAUUCCCACUUCACUCUGUUCUGCUGCACACAUUCGGCUCUUCUGUGAAUUUGCGGAUUAUGAGGGUUUUUUCCCCAGCUGCCUUUGAUCUGUACAGAAGGACUCACCCAGAUCUGCUUUGAAUCCAUUAAUAUGUUGAGUAGGCAUUUUAAUUUUCUGUUUCCUGGCUUGUUUCCCUUUGUCAUGUAACCGAACUGACAAGUUCUCUGUACUCUGCCUCACGUUUGGCUUUUAAAGUCUAAAACGUUUUUCCUUUCCUGAAAAGCUAUGAUAAUUCUUAGCGAACUUAUCAAGGUGUUUUCACUUCCACAAAAGAAAAACUGAAUUGCUCUCAGUGUUGAUUACUACCAAAUCAAUCCUGGAGCACGUAAUUCUUUUUACACCGUGGACAAAGUACAUUUUAUACCAUCAUCUGCAGCUUGAAUUGUAGUUUAGAAGCCUGCUGAAGCCUUAAAAGCUGCAUUUUGUUUGCAGCUUCCAUGCCAGUGAAAUCACAGCAUUAAAGGAAUUUCCUGGGCUGGAGCUUUUCCCACACAUUUGGCUGUCUUGCAAAGACCCGCUGUCUUUUCCCCCAACAAUUGUGAAUUUAGCACAAUGUACAGAAUUCUAGCAAGAACCCUGAUUGCUCAAACGCCCUGAACAUGUGGCCAGAAGGAUGAAGGAUCAGGAGUGGCCUCACUUCUUGCUGAUCAAGCACAACCAUUUCAGUAGAGAGAAUGAGCUGCUCUCAGUUGGGCCCUUGAUGUCGGGUCGCUGGGACAGCACUGCCUUUGGGGAGGGGAGGUGUUAGAGGUUGCCAAACUGGGAAUAGUGGCCUGUCAGAAGCAUUGGACCUGUCCAUUUAUUUCCAAGUUCCUGUUGUCAAGUGUGGUACAGUGGGGUUGUGAAAGGAAUGUAUUUUGGAUGACUAUGAUGAUGAAUGUAUGAUGCUUCAUGUUUAUUUGUAAUGUCCUUUUUAUACUUAGAAAUCGCUGACAUCUGUAUCUGUAUGUAAAUAAAUGUUUAAUCCUUUCCA